ACCCCUCCCCUCUCUCUGUCCCGUACCCCCGGGUCCCCCCGGCGGGGCGGAGCCGCUGUCCGCUAUAAACAGGCGAUACCGGCAGCCGCCGCCCUCCCGGUGCAGCCAUGAGCCGCCGUGACCGCGACCCCGGGAUGCCGCCGCCUCUCACCGUGGCCCCGGAGCGGUUGGCGGCGGCGGCGGCGGCGCGGGGCGCGGAGCGGGAGGAACUGGCGGCACUGAACGAUCGUUUCGCCGCUUUCCUGGAGCGGGUGCGGGCGCUGGAACGGCAGAACGGGACCCUCCGCGCCGCCCUGGGCCGCGCCGCCGCCGCCACCGGGCCCCGCACCGGGCUGGUACAGGGGGAGCUGCGGGGGCUGCGGGAGCGGCUGCAGCGCCUCGGCCGCGACCGGGACCGGCUCCAGGCUGAGCGGGACGGGCUCGCCACCGACCUGGCGGCCCUGCGGCAGCGGCUGCAGGACGAGACACAGAAGCGUGAGGAUGCCGAGAAGAGUCUGGUGCUGUUCCGCAAGGACGUGGACCACGCCACGCUGUCCCGCCUGGAGCUGGAGCGCAAGGUCGAGCUGCUGAUGGACGAGAUCGGCUUCCUCAAGAAGCUGCACGAGGAGGAGCUGCGGGACCUGGAGGGGAGCGGCCCCAGCCCGGCGGGGCUGGCCGAGGUGGAGACGUGCAAACCGGAGCUGACGGCUGCGCUGCGGGAGAUCCGCACCCAGUACGAGAGCAUCGCCGUCAAGAACCUGCAGGAAGCCGAGGAGUGGUACAAGUCAAAGUUCGCCGACCUCUCGGAUGCAGCAAACCGUAACCACGAGGCGCUGCGCCUGGCCAAGCAGGAGAUGAACGAGUCCCGCCGGCAGAUCCAGAGCCUGAGCUGCGAGGUGGACGGGCUGAAGAGCGUGAACGAGGCGCUGCAGCGGCAGAUGCAGGAGAUGGAGGAUGAGUUCGGGGAGGAGAUCGGGAACUACCAGGACGUGGUGGGGAGGCUGGAGCAGGAGAUCCAGCAGAUGAAGGAGGAGAUGGCGCGGCACCUGCGGGAGUACCAGGACCUGCUGAACGUCAAGAUGGCCUUGGACAUCGAGAUUGCCACGUACCGCAAGCUGCUGGAGGGCGAGGAGAGCCGGAUCACCAUCCCACUGCACCCCACCCCCUCCUUCAGCACGAGGAGCUCAGUGCUGGAGCCCCAGCCAGCCGAGAGCCCAGCACGGAGGAUGGUGCUCAUCAAAACCAUCGAGACGCGGGACGGGCAGCAAGUGGUGACAGAGUCGCACAAGGAGCGAGCGGGGAAGUGACAGAGAGGAGCUGCUGUGGUGGCCCCCACUCCAUGUGGGGGUUUUGCCAGACCCUGCCGCGUCCUGGGUGGGGUGUGGAGCAGACCAGGGGGGCUGGGAGUGCCCCAAUUGCUAUUCCUGCUGUCAGCCCCACGGGACAGCGCUGUGCUGUGUCCCUGUGCCUUUGCAGCGUGUCCCUGUGCCUUGUCCCGCCACUAUUUAUCGCUAUUUAUUGCCUAUUGAUUAUUGUCCCAACCACAACCCCAGCUGGAUUUAAUAUCGAGUGUUCCCCACGCUGCCCCGGGGCCGAGGGGGUCCCGAAAUCCCGAGGGUUUCCCUCCUGCCACCAGAGCUGGCACCGGCUGCACCGGGGCUGGCGGCUCCGGUGGCACCCGAGCGCUGUCCCCUGUGGUGUCACUGCCACGGGAAAGGAGCCUCAGUCCCCUGAACCCUCCGAAUCCCCGGGGCUCCCGCUGCCUCCCGGGACCCCGCGACUUCCGGAGGACCGACGGGCACGCCCGGUAUCCCGGAGGGCUCCAGGCUCACGGAGUCUCCGUCCGGUGCUGCCGGAGCAUCGCAGGACCGGGGCGGCACCUCCGGGAGCGCCGCGCUCGGUCCUUACCGGGAGCGCCGCGCUCGGUCCUUACCGGGAGAGCCGCGCUCGGUCCGCACCGGGAGCGCCGCGCUCGUUCCGCACCGGGAGCGCCGCGCUCGGUCCUUACCGGGAGAGCCGCGCUCGGUCCGCACCGGGAGCGCCGCGCUCGGUCCUUACCGGGAGAGCCGCGCUCGGUCCGCACCGGGAGAGCCGCGCUCGGUCCUUACCGGGAGCGCCGCGCUCGGUCCGCACCGGGAGCGCCGCGCUCGUUCCGCACCGGGACCACCAGAGGGCGCCACCCGCCCGUCCCGAGCGCUGCCGCGGAUUAAUUCCGUGUUAAUUCCGGAUUAAUUAUGGGUUAAUUACACCAUGACGAGCCUCUGGGUGUGCGGGGAAACACCCUGAUUUCUAUAAUUGAGUUAUUUUAAGCAUUUUUCUUUGCAUGAUUAAUUGCGUUCAACCAAAUUAUUCAAAACUGCCUUAAUGCAAGAUUUGCUUAUUAGUUUUGCUAUUUUAAGCAAAUUUUUGCAUUAUUUCAUUAUUUUCAGCAUUUUUUUGCACCGCUGAUUGAAUUAUUUUAAGCAGAUUAUGCACAAUUGCGUUAUUUAAACAAAUCUUGCAUACAUAAUUGCCUUAUUUUAAGCAAAUGCUGCAUUAUUGCAUUUUAACUAUUUUUUCAAUUGUGUGAAGUACUUUCUUGCAUUAUUGUGUUAUAGCAAAUUAUUAAAAAUUCCAUAAUUUCAUGGAAUUUUUGCAUAAUUAAUUGAGUUAUUUCAUGCAAUUUUUGCACCAUUAAUUACCCAAACAAAAUAAUGUAAAAUUGCA